CCGCACGGCUCGAUGUCGAUGCCGCCCCCGAUGACGGACAGCCCGUUCGGGACGCCGCGCUCCUCGAGGCCGUCAGACAGGAUGGCCACGCCCAGGCGCUCGCAGGCGCUGGGCGGCAGCGCCGGCCACGACCUGCAUGGCGUCCGGCCUAACGGCGCUAGGGGGCCCUUGGGCGCCUACCGGGGCAACCACCGGAACAGCCGCUCCAACAGCCCCCGCAUCACAGGCGGCAGGGCGCACUCGAAGGACGCCUCCGCGCACGGCGGUGCGGGCUUCCACGACAAGCUCAAGGCGCUCUCGGCCAUGCACGACUUGGAGGUGUCGGACCUGCGGGAGGAGGUGGUGGGUCUGCAGGAUGAUAUGGUCGUGCAGUACCAGUCGCUUCUCGACAAGGUGCAGGAGGACUACAGGCGGGUCCGUGGGGAGCUCCUGUGCGCCGCGAGCGACGGCCCUGGCAUGUCCGACCUGAUGCAGGAGAUCGCGGGCGAGAUGUGCACCGCGAGCCUCUGGGAAGAGAGGUCCGACAACACGUCGUCGACGUCCUGCCGCGUUUCACAGGUCGACUGGGCUUCGAAGCCGCAGGUUGACGUCUCGAAGGUCAACUCGCGCAACGCCGUCGUGGAGGAGGCAGCAACCUGGAGCUGCAGAUCGCGGCGCAGGUGA